GUCCCUCGCUCGCUCGAAUGCGUUUGUAUUUCAGUAUAUAGGUGCACUAAAAUUUCAGUGUUUGCUGAUUUGACCACGGAGAUCCGAGUGUCUGCCACCCAAACCGCAGUGAGGCUCUACGAGCCGCCAUUGCUGUGAAAAAAUGGUCCAUCGGGGUGAUCGGAGAUGACGUGACUCUCGUUAAACGGCUCUGGUUGUAACCAGCACUUCCUGAUUGGCAGGCCAAUUGCUGCUUUCCUCACUUAAACUCCCGGUGACGUAGCAGCGGUGGUACUUCGUACUUCCUUGUUUGUUUUCUGAGCAGAACCGAAACCGGACUCCCAAAUUCAGAAUGCAUCUAUCCAGGGUUGGACUUUACAUGAAGAGGAGAAAGCGGGGCUGCUCUAAAGUCUGAACAUUUUGUUGUCUUCCUCCAUCUGGCCAUCGCUCUCUCUGCCUCUUCAGAUUGGUGCUCAUCCCCUCUUCCCUUUGUCAACAUGCUUUGUUGGGGUAAUGCAAAAGACGGACAGCUGGGUAUUGGUAUGGAGAGAAACCUCAUGUUUGAGCCGAGGAACUGUCAUGUGUUCAGUGGCAGGGGACUGAAAGAAGUAGCUUGUGGGGGUCAACACUCCAUGUUCCUGCUGCAUGAUGGUAGUGUGUACACCUGUGGUUCUAACAGCUGUGGACAGCUGGGCCACAGCAAACCGGGGACCUCCCCAGAGCUUGUAGGAGCUCUGGAUACUCAGACGAUAACAACGGUGUCGAGUGGUCGGUUCCAUUCAAUGGCGGUGAAUGAGCAGGGUCAAGUGUUUGCGUGGGGAGCUGGUGAAGGGGGCCAACUCGGCCUGGGGACUGCAGAGGCGGCUGUUCGAAUCCCAAGGUUGGUCAAAAGGCUGUGUGAACAGCGGAUCUCUCAAGUAAUGUGUGGGAAUCAGCAUUGCAUUGCACUUUCUAGAGAUGGGCAGCUGUUCACGUGGGGCCAGAACACCAGCGGCCAGCUCGGUCUCGGGAAAGGAGAGUCCAGCAAGCUGUUCCCUCAUCCCCUGAAGUCUCUGUCGGGUAUUCCUUUGGCACAGAUAACCGCUGGGGGAGACCACAGCUUUGCUCUCUCCUUGUCCGGAGCUGUGUUUGGUUGGGGCAAAAACAGAGCUGGACAACUUGGUCUCAAUGAUAAACAAGAUCGAGCUGUCCCGUGCCACAUCAAAUUUUUGAGAUCUCAAAAAGUUUGUUAUAUCAGCUGUGGAAAUGAACAUACAGCAGCUCUCACAAAGGAUGGCGGCUUGUUCACGUUUGGCGAAGGCUUGUGGGGUCAGCUGGGUCAUGGCUCCACCAAUAAUGAACUUCUACCCAGACGAGUGCUGGAGCUCAUGGGCACUGAAGUGUCCCAGAUCACCUGUGGCAGGCACCACACGUUGGCGUUUGUGCCUUCCUCUGAUGUGGUGUACGCAUUUGGUUGUAACAGCCAUGGCCAGCUGGGCACAGGACUACUGGGGGACGCCAGUAGCCCGCUUCCUGUGAAGGCCAGUUUCCUGACUGGAAAUUCCUAUAGAACAGUGACUAAAAUCAUCUGUGGAGGAGACCAUAGCUUCCUAUUGUACUCUAAUGACCAGAGUUCUGUCCCCCCAGAAGACUUCAGAGUCAUUCAUGUCAGUAAAUCAAUCUCUCCAAUCAAUUAUGAAAGAUUAAACUCAUGGAGGUUAAAGCUGAUGUGCAGCACAGAUUCCAGUGUCACAAAUGACAUUCUAAUUCAACUCUCCUCUACGGCUUGUUGGAACGCCAGCUUUUUGGACCAAAGUGACGAUACCCACUUCAAAACCAACCCAAAGAUCCCAGGUAUCGAUCUCAACUCUGUCAGAAAGCUAUUUGAGACGCUCAGCAAACCGGCUUUCUCUGGACUUCUGGAACAGGCCAGCAAGAGUUUUGAGAGUCUGUUGAUCCCUCAGCUGCCACGCUCCCCUCCUGACGUUGAGGCCAUGAGGAUCUACCUCAUCUUGUCUGAGUACCCGGCCCUGUUUGACUCCAAGAACUACAUCCGCCUCACUAUCCCCCUGGCAAUGGCCAUCCUCCGGCUUGAUGCCAACCCCAGCAAAGUAUUGGAUAACUGGUGGUGUUUUUUGGACGGCGGCGUGUUCACCAGAAUGGUCGACAUGUACAAGAGCAUCAUUGUGUUCAUGCUAACGGGAGGCAAGGCGCUGCUCGUACCGGUUUUCCACGAGAACUAUUUUGUCGCCACUCUAAGGCUGCUGGAGAAACUCCACAAGGUAAACUUAAAGGCCCACCAUGUGGAUUACAACCGCUUUUAUAUCCCUGACAUCACCAGCCUGGUGGACAUCCAGGAAGACUACCUCAAAUGGUUUCUGAGUAAAGCGGACAUUAAACAAUCAUCCUCCCCUUCACAGGGUGACUUUCCCUCAGUGAACCUCUGUGCCUACCCGUUCAUACUGAACGCUCAAGCCAAGACAACCAUGUUGCAAACCGACGCUGAACUGCAAAUGCAGAUGGCAGUAAGCGGGGCAAACCUACACAACGUCUUUAUGCUGCUCACGCUGGAACCCCAUCUUGCUCGGAACCCUUACUUGGUGCUGCAUGUGCGCAGGAACCAUUUAGUAAGCGACACACUGCGAGAGCUCACCGUGUACUCUGAUGUGGACCUCAAGAAACCGCUCAAGGUGAUCUUUGACGGAGAGGAGGCCGUGGAUGCAGGUGGAGUAACUAAAGAGUUCUUCCUGCUGCUGUUGAAGGAGCUGAUGGAUCCUGUGUAUGGGAUGUUCACUUAUUACAAAGAGUCCAACCUUCUGUGGUUCUCAGACAAAUGUUUUGUUGAGCAGAACUGGUUCCACCUGAUCGGGAUCAUCUGCGGUCUGGCCAUCUACAACUCCACAGUGGUGGACCUCCACUUCCCCCUGGUUCUCUACAAGAAGCUGCUCAAUGUGUCGCCAACCCUGGAGGACUUCAAGGAGCUGUCACCCACCGAGGCCAGGAGUCUACAACAACUUCUCGACUAUGAUGGAGGUGAUGUGGAGGAGAUGUUUCUUCUCAACUUUGCUAUCACCAGGGAGAACUACGGGAUGACCGAAGUCAAGGAGCUCGUUCCCGGAGGAGAAGGCAUUAGUGUGGACAAAAACAACAGAAAGGAGUUUGUGGAGGCCUACCUGCGCUACGUGUUCUCAGACUCUGUGAGCGAGCAGUACUCGGCCUUCUCCUCUGGCUUCCUGAAGGUUUGCGGUGGGGAGAUCCUGCCGCUGUUCCAGCCGUCUGAGCUGAUGGCCAUGGUGGUCGGCAACAACAACUACAACUGGGAGGAGAUGGAGAAGAAUGCUGUUUACAAAGGGGAAUAUACAGCCACGCAUCCAACAGUCAGAUUGUUCUGGGAGGUGUUCCACGAGUUCCCUCUGGAAAAGAAGAAGCAGUUCUUAUUGUUCCUGACCGGCAGUGACCGCAUCCCCAUUCACGGCAUGGAGAGCCUGCGUAUCGCCAUCCAGUCCACCACAGCGGAGGAGCACUACCUACCGGUGGCCCACACCUGCUACAACCUGCUGGACAUGCCCCGCUACCAGACCAAAGAGACCCUGCACCGCCGUCUCACUCGGGCUGUGGAGCAGUACGAGGGCUUCAGCCUGGUCUGAGCAGGAGGAGACACACAACCGUUUUAAUGCACUUUAACAGCAAUACAACCCCCGUGUCGGCAUCAAAAGAGUGUAAUGGGGGACUUCAGGACUGGUCACUCUCUUUAUAUGCCCUCACGAGAUUGUUGAACAUCUUAAAUCUGAAAGGUCUAUCUAUGUACAUGCAGAGUAUUAUUGUUUUUUUGUUGUUUUGGACAUAGUUUCUCAACCUUCUGGGACCGUUUGAAAGAUCCUUUUUAAUGCUGAUGUAUUGAUAUUUAUUUUAAAUACAUCACAGCCCUGAAAUACAAAUAUAGUCAAAUAAGUCAAUAUUGAUGAAUGAAUGCACACACGAUUGACAAAUGUAUUUUGUGUUUUAUAUAGGUUAUUUUCUUUUUUUUUUUUUUUUUUUUUUUUGAAUGCACACAAAAAUAGUUAUUAAUAAAUAAAAGUGUAUCAAUGCCUUGGCUUGCAAUUUUGAUGUUACAAUUUACUAUUUUGUCAGGGAAAACCUGACCAGCCUGUAUUAGUUUGAUAUAUUACAAAUAUAUCAGACAGCUAAGCCAACUUUUGCUAGUGUGUAUGUAUGUAUGUAUGUAUGUAUGUAUGUAAAAAAAAAAAUGAUCACAAAAUACAUUAAUAUCACCACCUGGAAUCAUACAACUUUUGUGAGCAAACAUCGAAGGCCAAAAGAGGUUGAGAAACUCUUUGGGUGUUUAUGUAGUUUUAUUUUUGUCUUUCUUUUUCACAGCGGCGUAUUUUAUAUUCAACUCCUUAAAUUCUAUUUUUUACCUUUUAAUGAACUAUGUUAUUAUUUUGAAACAAUAUAUCUUCUUUUUGUUACUUUUAAUUUAAUAAAUAGAGUGGCUAUUUUUUGACAAAUUAUAAAAUGUGUAUAUACGUAUGUAAAUAGAACUUUGAAUAUAAUCUCUACCUUUUGAAAUGUUUGUCCCACUGAUCUUGUUAAUGGGAGAGUAUUCGGCGAGGAGAAGGGUGCCGGAUGAAACGUGGUGAAUAUUAUUUGCAAUCCCUCUUUUCUUUUGAGCUGUGGAUCAGAGCAGCUGACUUGGUCUUUAACCUGCAUUCAACAGUGUUGCCUUCUACAGCAAAACAUGAAAAGCUGACUUCUAAAGUUAUUUAUUUUUUAGUGGUUGUCUGUGUGCAUGUUCUUGAGUGAAAGCAAAAACCCGAUUGUCAUUUAAAAAAUGUGACACUUUGGGAAAUACGCGUAUUAUCUUUCUGCCAGAGUCGGACGAGAAGAUUUGUACCAUUUUCCAGAUCUGUCUGUUGUAUAAGGUGUCAAUUAGCAGCUUGGUAGGUUAGCUUAGCACAAAGACUGGAGACGGGGGGGAAACGGCUAGCCUGACUCUGUCCAACUGUAGCACUAAAGCUCACUAACUAACUGUGUGUUUUUAAAAGUUAAAAUGUGUAAAAACAAGAUUUUGCAGUUUUACAUGUAGUUAUUUAUCCAAGUAUUUCUUGGCUGUGACCAGUGUCGCAUGGUGUCCUGUGACCCAUGAGCUUCUGUGACCUAAUUAGGAGAGAAAUUUUAGGUCUGUGUUGCCACUGCAAACCUUUAUUAGAAUUUAUUGCAUGCCCUCAUAUUUCAUAUUCAGGUCACUAAUAACAGUGUUACACCAUACACUUUUCUGGAGUCCCCAACUGAUCAGAGCCAGGAAAUAAUCUGGCACAUAACGCCACUUAAAAUGACAAAUUGUUGUUUUUACACUUUGGUUUGAACAAAUUAGAUAUAACAAGUUCAUUGUUGAGCUUUAGACAUGCUAGUUGUCAGAUUUUGUAACCGUUGGACAAAGCCAGACUAGCUGUUUCCCCAAUUUCCGGUCUUUUUCCGAGACUAAGCUAACUGGCUGCUAGCUGAAGCUUCAUAUUUGGCUAACGUCGCUGAGCUAACGUUAACUCUCAAUCAGAAAGAGAAUAAAUAUAUAUCUGAAAAGGUCUCUUAAUACUACAUACAUAAUCAUUAAAAUAUAUAAAUUGUGAUUAGUUUGUUGCAGAUAAUUAAAUUGUGAUAUUUGUACAGGACGACACAAUAUUUAAAAGUGUGAGCAGAUAACCUAUUAAAGACUUUAGAGCUAGUCCGUUGAGGAACUGUAUCUAUCACAUCACUUGUUCCAAAACUUGCCCUGAUGCUGUAUGUAUUCCUACAGUCAAACCCCUCUUAUUCCAAACUGAUGUUUAAUUAGGUUGCAUUGGUGUGAAGUUUGUGAAUUGGUCUUGCAUAUGCAUAUAUUUUUUUAUAUAUUUCAUACCUUGUUGUGAAAAUAACUUCAGACACUGACACAUCUGUUUAGCAAUAACGUGAAACAGCCCAGUGAUGUUGUGAAAGCUCUCUGGGUGACCCUCCUAAAGGUCUUAAACACUGGACUCUUCUGAGAUGUUUUCUUAGGACACUUGCUUCUUGCUUUGCUCUAUACUGCAUGUACACACAUGUUUAGUCAAUACUUGUCGAAUUAAAGCUAGUUUCCCCUGCAGAGUUUAGUCCUAUGCAAAGGUUUAUGCGGCCCUUUACUUUUUUGCACCUUUUAAUGUGCUACAGAAAAUGUGAUUUUUACUUUAGUUUUUUUGCGUAUAUGUCUGAAAUCUACACAAAGCUCUGUUUCAGCCAACUUUUUUACAUUAAACUAUACAAUGCUCGUC